AUGCUCCCAUCAUGUCCUGUUUUCUCCGCUUUCCCAUGCUGCCAUAACGUCCUACUGGAUCACCCACACACCUCAUUCUGUCCACGCAUUCAACGCGUGCCCGUAUGGAUGUAUAUCUAUUGUCUACAGGGUGAUGUUGGAAGGUGGAAGAUGAGAUAUCCACUGAAGAAUGAACAGCAAGACCCCAUAUCCACCGAAAACAUCCUCGGCUCUGAAUACGCGUCCUUCUACCACGUAAUGCCUUCCACCCUUCCCUCAUCAAUACCCGUGCUUCCACAACAUUAUGCCCUUCUUCCUUCCCAGGUUGGCCAGUUGGUGAGCCAUAUUGUUCCCCAGAUCCUUGGUAUGCGCCUUGACGUACGCCACUCUGAUUUCUCCCUCGGUGGCUCUCUCACAUCUCCAGAUCUGGUUCAAAAUAAUGUUGAAAUAGGGCGACACGGAAGCGUGUCUGUUCACCAUGGUGUAUGCCGACAGGCAGUCUGUGCACACCUCGUAGUUCUUGCCCGUGUUUCUGUAUGCAAUCAUUCUGUAUGCUUCGCGAAUGGCGAUCAGCUCUGCCAUGGUGCUUGUCCGAGCGGCGCUGGCUCCUGCCAGGUUGUAUCUGCACCUCUUUCCGAAGAACACCCCGUACCCGCUGAAAUGUCGGCCGUAGCAUACGGAGGUAGACCCGUCACAAAAUACUCUCAGGUAUUGCGUCAUUGGUUCAUUUUCAGCGUCCACACGGAGAAUAUCGCGUCGAUAGGCCGGGGUGUGUUGUUGCAGAUGUUGCAGAGAAAAACAUUCAUGGUGAUUUCAGGUAGCAAAGUUAAACUGGAAAAAAAAAACUGGAAAAAACUGGAAAAACUGGAAAAAACUGGAAAAAACUGGAAAAACUGGAAAAAACUGGAAAAAACUGGAAAAAAGCUGGAACAAUAUUGA